AAGGAAGAAGUAGGCCUACGUCCCCUGUUGUGUUUGCAGGGUGAAUGUAUGGGUUAAUAACGCACCUAUUCAUUUUAAGAUUUCCAAAGUCAUAACUUCUAACUGAAGUGUGCGAAACUGCGUAUGCUUGUGUGUGUGGCUGGGUGUAAACUACAAACGCGAUGGGACGGAAGGUCACCCUCGCUACCUGUUCAUUAAAUCAAUGGGCUUUAGACUUUGACGGCAACUUUGAGCGGAUAUUGAAAAGUAUCGACGUUUCUAAGUCACGUGGGGCAAAAUACAGGCUAGGACCAGAGCUUGAAAUCUGUGGUUAUGGCUGUGGAGACCACUUUUAUGAGUCUGACACGUUGCUCCACAGCUUCCAAGUUCUCAAGAAGCUUCUGGAGUCUCCAAGCACCCAGGACAUCAUCUGUGAUGUGGGCAUGCCCAUCAUGCAUCAUAAUGUGCGGUACAACUGCAGAGUCCUAUUCCUCAACAGGAAAAUACUGCUGAUCAGGCCUAAAAUGAUGAUGGCCAAUUACGGAAACUACAGGGAGCUGCGGUGGUUCUCACCGUGGAAAAAGUCAAGACAAGUGGAGGAGUACUUUCUACCCAGGAUGCUGCAGGAGGUUACAGGACAGGACACAGUUCCGUUUGGUGACUGCGUCCUCUCCACCCAAGACACGUGCAUCGGCAGUGAGAUAUGUGCUGAGCUCUGGAGCCCCAGGAGCCCUCAUGUAGACAUGAGUCUGGACGGAGUGGAGAUCAUAACUAACUCCUCAGCGAGCCACCAUGAGUUACGCAAGGCUGACGCCAGAGUCAACCUCAUCGAGUCUGCGACCCGCAAGUGCGGGGGUAUCUAUCUGUAUGCUAACCAGAAGGGUUGCGACGGGGACCGGCUGUAUUAUGACGGCUGUGCCAUGCUGGCUGUCAACGGAGACAUUGUGGCACGCGGAGCCCAGUUCUCCCUGGACGACGUGGAAGUAGUCACUGCGACCUUUGACCUUGAGGAUGUGCGUAGCUACAGAGGAGAGACCUGCCAGCCACACCUGGACUUGGACUUCAAACCGUGCCACAGAGUCAAGGUGGACUUCAGCUUGUCCGGAGAUGGAGUCGGCCUUCCGACCCACCAACCAAUCACGUGGCAGUUCCACACCCUGGAGGAAGAGAUAAGUCUCGGUCCGGCCUGCUGGCUGUGGGACUACCUCAGGAGAAGUGGGCAGGCUGGCUUCCUGGUCCCCCUGAGUGGGGGGGUGGACAGCUCAUCCACCGCCUGCAUCGUGUACUCCAUGUGUGUUCUCGUCUGCCGGGCAGUCCAGGAUGGCAACAACCAGGUGCUGGAGGACGUGCGGCGAGUGGUGUGCGACCCGUCCUACCGUCCCCAGGAACCCAGAGAGCUGUGCGGCCGGGUUUUCACCACCUGCUACAUGGACAGUGAGAACUCCUCAGAAGACACCCACAACAGGGCCAAGGAGCUGGCCAAUCAGAUCGGCAGCACACACAUGACUAUCAACAUAGAGCUGGCGGUGAAGGGCAUGCUGGGUAUUUUCUCCUUGGUCACAGGGAAAUUGCCCUCGUUUCGCGCCAAUGGCGGUAGUGACCGAGAGAACCUUGCAUUGCAGAAUAUUCAGGCCCGUAUCAGGAUGGUGCUGGCCUACCUGUUUGCCCAGCUGAGUCUCUGGGCCCAGGGCCGGCCAGGAGGUCUGCUGGUGUUGGGCUCAGCCAAUGUAGACGAGAGUCUGACAGGGUACUUCACAAAGUACGACUGUUCCAGUGCUGACAUCAACCCGAUCGGAGGGAUCAGCAAGACAGACCUGAAGAGCUUCCUUCACUACUGCGUCGACCACUUCCAGCUCCACUCGCUCCGAGGCAUUCUGGCUGCCCCGCCUACUGCUGAACUUGAGCCCCUGAUGGAGGGACAGGUGUCGCAGACUGAUGAGACUGACAUGGGGAUGACCUACGCGGAGCUGUCUGUGAUGGGCAGGCUGAGGAAGAUCUCCAAGUGCGGUCCUUACAGCAUGUUCUGCAAGCUCAUCCACACCUGGAGGGAGACCCUGAGCCCAACGCAGGUUGCAGUGACCGUGAAGCACUUCUUCCGGAGGUACUCUGUGAACCGGCACAAGAUGACCACCAUCACACCGUCCUACCACGCCGAGAGCUACAGCCCCGACGACAACCGCUUCGACCUGCGGCCCUUCCUCUACAACACCCGCUGGAGCCUGCAGUUCCGCUGCAUUGACGACGAGGUGUCUAAGAUGGAGGAAGGAGACGCAUAACCAUUGAUGCUUUUCCAAUCAUUUUUCUGUCCAAAAUACCAAAAGUUAAUGCUUCAUUGAUUUUAUGUUGAUUUGCACCAACAUCUGAUACAAUCUACAUAGUAACAGUGGCACAAUGUUUAAAUAUGAGAUGUUUUAAGAGAUUUUAAAUUCGUUUUUUGAUUGAUAUAAAAAAGAAUAUGAAAAUGGUAAUUUCUAGUCCACUGUUUUAUACUUUUGUUUUGUAUCCUAAGCAUUGGUGACAUUUAGGGGCGGGAGACGGGGGACAUCCUCCUCAUGAAAUGUUCCAUUUGGUCCCCUCCUCUUUUACUCAAUAAACGAUGACCUUGAUGACCAA